AUGUUACUAACUGAAAUUGGAAACACUAAGAGACCUAUAGAUAAUACAAAUUUUCGAGAAGAGCAUGAUAAGAUCAAAAUAAUUAUAAAAGAUUGCCUAAAUGCUUUUUGGAUUAACUUACACUUUAAAAAAGAUGAACUUGAAGAAGUUUUCAUCAUAUGCAUUCAAGAAUGA